AUGCCUGUGAUGCACGUGAACAUCUCCGUCAUCUGGGAUGGUGUCGUCAUCGACGUGGCUCCUGCCGUGCUGCGUCUCGCUGCGGAUCUCGGUGAGCGUAUACUUGAGUGGGGUCUUGCUGAGAUCUGCGUCCUUGGUCUAGGUGUUGUGUGUCAACUGGAGCAUCUUGUUGACGUGGCUGGCCGUGUUCUGCUGGAUCUCGAUGUGCACAGGCGCCAGGGGUAUUUAGUAGGGAGAUGGGGUAAGGUCCCUCUCGAACUGGAGGAUGGGGCUCUGCUUGCGCGAACACGGGAUGAUCUGCUCGUUGUGGAACAUUCAUUUGUUGCUGAAGAUGGUGUGCUGGCCGAGGUGUGGCUUGAUUCCAUUCUGGUCGACCCUGAGGAGGGCUUUGUUGUUGAUGAUGAUGCGCAAGGUCUCGAGGAUGGUGGUCUGGUCGUAGAUCUUGGCCUUGAUGAUAUUGCGGACCAUGCUGAAGAUACGGAGGUGGGUCCGGAUUCUGCCAAUGACUUGUGGCCUGGGGGUAGGAGUGAGGUUGUGGAUGUAGAGGUGCUGGGCGUACUUCCGGGUGAUCGCUGCGACCAUGUUGUUGAGGACUGGCAUGUUGGUGGUGAAGAUGGAUGUUCUGGUUGGUCAUCGGUGAAUGUGGGCCCGUCGUUUGACUCGAAGGUGCGUAUCCUGCUGCAUCAUCACGACGAUGCGUCGGGGGACCGAACUGCAUUUGAUCCAAAAGCGCGGCUGGUGCUAUCCAUUGUGGCCGUAGGGAUGCUGCAUCCUGGUAGGGUGGCCACUGGUAUUGAGCGUGUACUCCUCCGGCUGGUGGGUGUUGAUUCCAUCGACUUUGCCAUCCUUGAUCGUCUCCUGGGUAAUGUGCCGUUGGGUGUGGCGUCUCAGGAGGAGGAGGAGGAGGAUGUGCUUGAUAGUCUGGUGGAGGAGGAGGAGGAGGCGGCUGCCGCUGCCAACUUUGUUGGGACCACUGGAACAUACGGCACGCCGGCCGUCUUGCUGGGCAUCGGUGGCACCCACAUUAGUGGGAUCGCCUCGCAGCUGGCAAGUGGCGUCAGCUGCUGUUCCGAUUCCACGUGCCUUAUGGAGUUUCCGGCCUCGGUGGAUUACCUUCGAGUUUCACGCUUUUUGGCCUGCGAGUUCGUCCAAACAGAUCUGUCCUCCACCAUGGCAGAAGAGCAGCCCGACUUCAAGGUGGGCGCCAAGGGCAAAUCGGCCAAAGACACCUUUUUGGACACGAAGUUCCGCGGCGGAAAGGUGGACAACUACUUCAAGGUGUCCCAGCGCGGCUCGAACCUCACGACGGAGAUCCGUGCCGGCAUAACGACGUUCCUCACCGCCGCCUACAUCAUGGCUGUCAACCCGAAUAUCAUCAGCACCACGGGCCUGAAUUUCGAGGGCCUCGUGUUCGCGACGGCGGGGUCGAGCUGCAUUGCCACGCUGAUCAUGGCGCUUUGGGCGAACUUGCCCUUCGGUCUGUGGCCCGGCAUGGGCAUGAACGCCUACUUCGCCUACACCAUCGUGGGCUUCAAGGGAACGCAGACUGCCGUGAAAAAAGUGAUGAUGGCUGUAACGAUUGAGGGCGUGAUCUUCAUCAUCAUGUCUGCCCUUGACCUCAGGCGCUACGUCUUCAAGGUCUUCCCCACAUGGAUGAUGAAGGCCACCAUGGCGGGCAUCGGCUUGUUCUUGGCCCACAUCGGACUGCAAGCGGGCAACGGCAUCGACAUCGUCAGGGACCACCCUGCAGUGCUUGUGGACCUUGUGACCCUGACUGGCGAGCACUUCGCGCGCACCUGGAUUGGAAUCGCGUUCUUCUGCGUCAUGGCCCUGUUGAUUCUUCUGCGCGUGAAGGGUGCCGUGAUGAUUGCCAUCAUCCUCAGCGCAGUCCUCUGCUGGAUCUUGGAUGCAGCAGCGGUGGAGCAGUUCUCGUACAAGCCCAUGUGCUGCCUUGGCAGCGUUUCCUAUCCGGAGCCGGCUGCAGGAGGCGUGGAGUGGUAUCCCAAGCCCGGAGGCGGCUACUACCCAAAACCUACGUGCGACAACCCCUUCACUGUGCCCGGAGCAGGGAAGUUGACGGUGACGGAUAAUGUCCGCACUUACACCUUUGAGUCCACUGCCUCUGUGUCCCACACCGGCGGGGUCUUUACCAUCACGAACGGCGGCACUAGCCAGACCCACAGCGGCAGCCUCUACUGGCAGGGCAUUGCAGAAGGCCGCGACUCUACCUUCAAGGGUGGCUGCCAAGACUCAUGCAUGCACAUGCUGGGCGGCUUCGACCCAAUGUGCUUCGGGGCCGUGCUCGUGGAGACGGGUUGCUGGACUGGCAUGUCCUACCAGGACCGCGCCACCGAAAGCCUGCUGGUCGAUGGAUUUGGAGAGGGUUGCCUGGGCGGGGCUGGUCGCAUUCCGAAGACGUUCAGUGCCCCAACUGCCAUCGCCUCCAUCCCGCUCAUCGACCUUGCGGGGGAUUUGGUGCCUCCUUUCGCUGGAUGGGCCGGCUGCGACUCAAACGGCACCAAUUGCGUGAACGGCGACGUCUCUGGCGGCACAAUUCUGGCGUGGGACACGUCCGGAUUUGGCGACUGGGCAGGCUUCUGGAACCCGUUGCUCACCCUCCUCUACAUCGACUUCAUCGGGACCAUGGGCUUCCUGUACGCAGCAGCAGACCUCAGCGGGCUGGUCGACCCGUCGAAGCCGGAGACCUUUCCUGGCUGCUUUGCGGCCUUCAUGGCAGAUGCCGUGGGAACCUUUGUGGGUGGCUUCCUGGGCACCAGCUCUGUCACUACGUACGGCGAAUCUAUGGCCGGCGUGUACGAGGGUGGCCGCACCGGCCUCACUGCGCUUACCAUUGCCUUCUGCAACUUCAUUUGCAUCUUCCUGACGCCCUUGCUCUCGUCUAUCCCCACCCUUUCCACUGGACCUGCAUUGGUUAUGGUGGGCGUCUUCAUGAUCGAGGGCGUGAAGGACAUUGAAUGGGGUGACUACAUGCAGGCAGUCCCGUCCACGGUCUGCAUCCUGUUGCAGAUCACCACGUACAAGAUCGAGGUCGGUGUUCUGGGGGCCUUGAUGGUGUGGACCUUCCUCAUGAUCUUCUCUGGGCGCAUCUUAUUGUACAUCCCCGGACCCUGGGUUUGGGUUUGGGCCUCCAAGCUUCAAGCCAAAGCCUCCGAAGUGGGGGACAAGGAGUUCAUGGAUCGACUGAGGAAGGCGGGGGGGCUUUGA